GAUGUUCGUAAGGCGAGGAACAGUCGUACGAAAAAACAGAGGUAGAGGUAGAGGAGCAGCUCAUCCCAGCUUGAGAAGAACUCAAAUUAAUAGAACAAGUUCUAAAUCGACGUUAUCUACAAGGAAUAGUAAUCUGCAGGCUGAAGAUAGUGAUGAAGACGAGGAGAAUGACCUACAAAGGCGUGCAACUCAUGUAUUUUCUACUCAAAACGUAAGCAGAGUGGAAUUUAAUUUAGAGGAGUCUCCGUCCAGUUCCCAACCUCUGCAAACUCAAAAUAAUCCUAGACGCGCUCAGCGAAGGCAGUCUUCCUUCUCCAGCGCUGCAAGUCAAAUUUUGCAGUCUAUUGGCUCUGUGAAAGCCUCUCCACAUUCUGGUCAUCACUCAACAAUACGAUAUACUUCGAAUGGAACGUCUCAGGCUGCGCUUUAUUAUAGUCUGAAAAAGUUACAGGAUUUUAGUGAAGGAAGCCAUCAAAACGGUGAACGUUUGGACGUUAAGAAGCCAGAGAUAGGCGUCGCCGUCGCUUCGGGAACUAAGAACGGUGAAGAUGCUUUUCCUUUACAUCGUACUGUAGCACAAUACCGUUUUCCUAUUACUUAA